CGAUCCGAUCAGAAAGCGACGGGCCCCCUUCGAAGCAUACCUUCCGUUUUAGAGGGAUCUGUGUGAGGAUCGUUGGUCACAUUCGCUCCCAGACACCUGAGCCUGCCGAGCUAGCCGCGUUGCGUAUUGUCACCAAGGCUUGCGACCUGCCAGUGUCUAGCUGUUCGACAGCGAAGGGUCCUGGUGAAACAAUUGUCGUGCAUUAAUUUCCCGUUGUUGGGCGUAAGAUCUGCCAGAUCGACGUGUCUGGAAAGGCUCGCAGUGCUCUCUGAAACAAGUGUAUUGGUGAUCUGCCCCGCUUUUUAGAGUCUCUUGCAAAAAAACUGUUGGCAUGCGUUGGAGCCUUGAAGACAGAUAGAUGGUCCGUAUAAGCAUAGUUGGUGGUUGAAAAGCCACUCCGAGAAAGGCAGAAAAAGGACUAAUAGUUGCCAGCUGUCUACAAAAGAAAGCAAGACAGGCAGCCUACUUUGUUGAUUUGGAUCGAAAGCAAUAGAAAGCAGCUCGUAAAGAAGCACUUUUGACAGCAUCGGCUCUGGGGCAGUCGCAGAGCCAAUGAAAAUGCCCAGAGUCAGCUCCAGAAGUGGAGGCCUGAACAGAAUAAGCUCAACACAGUCCCUCGCUGGGGACGUGGAGAAACCAGAGUCACGAUCUGGCUCCCUGAAUGGCUGCCCGCAGCACAGGCAUCCGCGCAGCGUGCUGACCAUUGCAGUGUGCAUGCUGCUGGCCUGCGCAGCGCUGUCAGGCUUUGUGGGAUACAGCUGGAAGGCAGGACAGCUGACGGACAGGCAAGAAAUAGUGGUGCGCGGUGUUGCGUACGUGCAUGCAGUGCCGCAGCGAAGCAUACAGCAGCUAGACUCAUCAGCAAGUACGGCGAUGAGCGUUGUCUCGGCGGCACCUUCCCUGGACGAUGUUGACCUUGUGAUGGCGAACCUUGAAGGGCUGUGCACGGAGGAGACCAGCUGGAAGUCCCAGGAGACCAACCUGGAGCAGUGUAUACAGGGUCCUUGGGCGAAGAGCGAGGAGCUGCAGGGGAGUGUGGUGCGCGAGAGCGGCAGCCGGCCCUCGGGGCGCUCGCCGGCCGGCUCGCUGCAGCAGUCGCAGCCGCAGCCCACCCCAGGGCGGGGGCUGCUGGGCCUUCGCAGCGGCUUCAUGCGGCGGGCGGCGCGUUCGGCGGCCGCGCGGAAGCUUAGCGAAGCUUCCGAGUGCGGCGCCGCCCUGGGCAUCCCCAAAGUCGCCCUGCUCUUCCUCACGCCCGGAGACAUGCCCCUCGAACAGACGUGGGAGGCGUGGUUGCGGGCGACUGCGGGGAAGCUGCGCGUGGACUGCCUGGCAAAGCGUGUGUGCGACGCUGCGGACGAGCACGCGAUGCUGACGGCAAUCAAUGCGGCAUGCGCGCCCGGCAACUCGACGCUGAGCCACCUGUUCUCCAUCUACAUCCACCCCUCACCCUCCCACAAGGGCUAUGACAAGCGCAGCAUCUUCCACGGCCGCGAGAUCUCCCCCCGAGUGAACGUGGAGUGGGCCAGCUGGGGCAUUGUGGAGGCGGAGCGGCUGCUGCUGCGGGCGGCGCUGGAGGAUCCGCUGAACCAGCGGUUUGUGUUCCUGAGCGAGGCGUGCGCACCCCUGGUGCCGGCCUCGGUGAUGUAUGCGCAGCUCAUGAGUGAGCCCAAGUCGCGCAUCAACGCCUGCACCUCCUCCGACUCGGACGCCGACACCGACCGGUGGGAGCCGGAGAUGCAGCAGGGGGAGCUGAGCCUGAAGCACUGGAGGAAGAGUGCGCAGUGGGCCUCACUCACGCGGAAGCAUGCGCAGAUCGUGUCGGACGAUGUGGCGGUCGCGGACGUGUUUGCCAAGCACUGCCGCGUUGGCACCGACAAGAAGACCGGCCACGUCUACAAGUGCAUUGCAGACGAGCACUACAUUCCGACGCUGCUGGCGCUGAAGGGGGUUGAGGCGGAGACGGACUGCUCGGGGUCGAUGACGUAUGUGCACUGGUGGGGCGAGGGCGACUCCAUGAAGCCCGAGACCUUCGUGCGCAGCGAGGUCAGCGGCGACCUCAUUGAGCAGAUGCGGAUGUCGGACUUUGGGUGCGAGAACGCGGCGGCGAUAGCGUCGGCGCCCAACAUUCUGGCGACCAUGGACGACCUGGCCACCAAGCGCUGCGAUUGGCAGCCCGAGGCCGGCUACCCCUCCGGCCUGCUCGGCCCCUCCUGCCACCUGUUCGCGCGCAAGUGGGACAAGUGGACCAGCGAAGCCAUGAUGGACCUCCUGGAGCUCGAAGAGAGCCUCUCCAUGCUGGACAGCCGGUCAGGGGCGUGCCUGCGCCCCCAGCCGCCACUGCUCUCAGACUUGUGA